UAUAUAUCAUUGCAGAUAAGUUUUUCUGUUUAUUCGCAAGGGACUAUUGAUACAGGACACAUUGUACAAUGUUUCACGUAAUCACGGUGUUUUUGUUUGUUCUGGUGGUCAAAGCUGAUAUUACAUCAGAAGUACGCAGCCGUGGACCAACACUAAAACCAAUAUCAACUUGCUGCGACAUACCCGAGCUCGGCGAUCCCAAACCCUUGUCAGAAUGUUCCACGCCGAAAUUAACUGGACCUUGCAAUGACGUCCAAUGCGUAUUCGAAAAGUCAGGCUUUCUAAUAGAUAAAAACAGACUAAAUAAAGACAUAUACCGGGGCCAUCUGUUGAAGUGGCUUGAAUCUCACGAGGAGUGGCGUGAUGCUGUCCACAAGGCUAUCAGAGACUGUGUGGACAGGGAUCUGAGGCAGUAUUUGGACUACCCGUGCAAAUCCUAUGACGUUUUCACUUGCACAGGAAUCGCCAUGCUGAAGGAUGUUGCUUCUCAAAUGCCCUCAGGACCCCCAUGUGGACCUCCGCCAGUGGACAAGCCAUUCGAAUGUUGCAAAAUACCGCCGCUGUUUACUAACGAGGAGUUGGCUGACUGCGGCAUAGAAAAGAUGUCUGAUGGACCCUCAAGAGGACCACCAGAUUGUUCGAAACAGGUCUGUAUGCUCAAGAAAUAUGAUCUUAUGAAUGGCGAUUCUGUGAACAAAGAAGCAGUUGCAGCAUUCUUGAAAAAAUAUUCUGAAGCAAACGGAGAAUUUAAAGGAGCUGUCGAUAAAGCGAUUGAAGUCUGUUUAAAGGAUGAUUUACCAGGACCUUCUCAGUUAUGUGAAGCUGAAAAAAUUGUUGCUUGUACAUUUUUCGAAACAUUUGCGAACUGUCCAACGUGGGUAAAAAGCGACAAAUGUGACAAACUAAAGGACCACAUGGAUGAGUGCUUGGCAAAAUAUAACCAAAACUGAAAUAUUAUUUUAUUGUGUUUUUUGCUUCCGUUAUACUGUGUGCAAUAAAAGUAUACUAUAAA